UCGUCUAUAUUCUCACAAUAACGUCGAACAGUAAUUUGUUGAAGUGACAGCAGCGACAGUAGUAUUGAAAAAAUGGCGUUUCUUGUACGAAAUACACAUCGCACGUUUUCCGCGAUUUUCAAGAAAACUCUAGCAAGUUCAACGACACAAUUUUCCGCUUAUAAUGGCAUCGAUUUAACGGCUCGUACCUUGCACAUCUCACACAAUCGAUUGGGCGAAAAUCCAAGACUCACAGCAACUGAAGAUGUUGAUUUAAAUGCCCAGCCAUUGAUAGAAGUGUUGAAAAAUCCACCAGAAUGGAAGUACGUUGAACAAAUCUUGCCGAAACUGACCGUACCAAGUGUAACACCGAAAGCAGAAUAUCCAUCGGGAUGGGUGCCACAACAUCCAGAUGGACAUAGCCAUCCAUAUUUUGUUCGGCGUAACAGAAAUCAUAUGGUACCGGUUUAUUUGAGUAUUGAUCGUCGUGGUACAUGGCGAAAAACCUAUGUAAAAUUCAUCAGCGGCGAUAUUUGGAAACUGCAUAAAGAUCUAAUGGAUUAUAUUGAAUAUUAUAUGUGCAAAAAAGAGAGAUCACGAGUCAAUGAAUUUACAAGGCAAAUCAUUAUAAAUGGAGACUAUGUGAAUUUAAUCAAAGAUUAUUUAAUUCAAAAAGGUUUUUAGCCAAUUUGUAAUCAUAUUCAAUACUUUUAGAUUCUAAACCAAUAAACUUGUUUCAUUUAAAUCAAA